AACUAUAUUCUUUUAUCCAGUCUCAUUUUGACGAUCGAUAUUUUACAGUCGAUUUCUUUUCUCUGAGGAGGUGACACGCAUCAGUUAUUUCGUGCAGCAGGUGCCGAUCGAUUGCACGCCACACAUUUAUUAUUAUCGCUGCCCACGCCCGAUUGACUUCGUUUAAAUUGAUGGCGGAAUUAUAAGAGGAGACGCCAUUCAACAUGUCGAAUGACAACAACCCACUGGUGGUCGCCAUUUGGCUGUUUUCCUUUUAUUCCUUUAGAACUGGAAUUGAUGGCUACUCGACGGCAAUCAAUUCAGAUGUGACGCGUAAUGGCAACGAAACGGACGACGUCGACAAAAUUGUUGGAGGCCAACUGGUCCGCAGGAUGGGAGACCACAAAUACAUGGUUUACAUCGAAUUCAAUAACAAAUACGUCGGCUGUGGCGGGAUUUUGAUUGGAGACCAUCACGUUCUCACAGCGGCCCAUUGCCUCAUGGAUCCCGUCACGGGGGUGGUGGAUGAUAAGGAAGAACUGUUUUUCAAUGUCUACACGGUGGUACCGAUGGAGAUCUUUCCGCUAUUAGACAGAAUUUUCGAAUCCACUCGCAAUACGAUUACCGUUCACCUACGAAAGGUUAUGACAUUGCCAUUUUGAAGUUGAGUGUUCCACUGUCCAGUUCCGGCAUGGACAAACUGGACAAAAUCCGCCUGGGAGACGACGACGAUUUGGGUUAACAU